GCUGCGCGGGGAGCUGGGCGCGUUGCCAAGGCCGCCUCGCCUGUCGGCUGCGGGGUCGCGGGCUCCGGGCGUUCGACAUGGCCGUCGAGGGCAGACCCUUCCAGCUGGUGGUCUUCGGCGCCUCCGGCUUCACCGGACAGUUCGUGGCCGAGGAGGUGGCCCGCGAGGCCUCCGGCCCGGACUCGGCAGGCGCCCGCCUGGCCUGGGCCGUGGCCGGCCGCAGCCGCGAGAAGCUGCUGGGGGUGCUGGACAGAGCCGCCCGCAAACUGGGAAGACCAACGCUGACUUCCGAAGUGGGUAUAAUAAUCUGUGAUAUCAGUAAUCCUGCCUCUCUUGAUGAAAUGGCUCAACAGGCAGCUAUUGUUCUCAACUGUGUAGGCCCAUAUCGGUUUUAUGGAGAACCUGUAGUGAAAGCAUGCAUUGAAAAUGGAGCUAGCUGCAUCGACAUCUGUGGGGAGCCUCAGUUUCUGGAAGAAAUGCAUUGGAAAUAUAAUGAGAAAGCUGCAGAGAAAGGCGUGUAUAUCAUUGGCAGCAGUGGCUUUGAUUCCAUUCCUGCUGAUCUGGGUGUAUUAUAUACCAGAAAUAUGUUAAAAGGUACACUGACUGCUGUUGAAAGUUUCUUGACUGUAAAUUCAGGACCUGAGGGCAUGUGUAUUCAUGAUGGUACCUGGCAAUCAGCAGUUCAUGGUUUUGGAGAUCAGAAUCGUCUGAAAGCGCUACGGAAGCAGGCGAAGCAUAAACCUCUUCCAAUUGUUGGUGCAAAAAUGAAAAGGAGGUGGCCAGUGUCAUACACAAGGGAACUAAAACAGUAUUCCAUCCCAUUCAUGGGAGCUGAUGCCUCCGUUGUAAGACGAACCCAGCGUUAUUUGUAUGAAAAACAUGAGGAAUCACCAGUGCAGUAUGCUGCUUAUGUAACUUUAGGUGGUGUCACCUCUGUUGUGAAAUUGAUGUUUGCUGGCCUUUUCUUCUUAUUCUUUGUGAAGUUUCGCUUUGGAAGACAUCUCUUAGUAAAAUUUCCAUGGCUGUUCUCCUUUGGGUAUUUCACAAAACAAGGACCAACACAGAAACAGAUGGAAGAUGCAUCAUUUACAUUUACAUUCUUUGGUCAGGGAUACAGCCAUGGCCACAGCCCUAAACACGGCAAACCAAAUGUCAAAAUUUGCACUCAAGUGAAAGGACCAGAGCCUGGCUACGUUGCUACACCAAUAGCCAUGGUUCAGGCUGCAGUGACUCUUCUGAAGGACACCCCUUCUCUUCCUAAAGAGGGUGGUGUUUUUACUCCAGGAGCUGCUUUCUCCAAAACCAAACUGCUGGACAGACUCAACAAACAUGGCAUUGAAUUUAGUAUCAUUAGUCACCCGGAGAUCUAAACAUUUAAGAUUAUUCCAGGGAUGUUAAAAAAAAAUUGCAUGAAUUAGCCCCUGCAUUUGAUUUUUGAAUAGCCUGAAGAAUGGAGAGAAUGAAAAAUCUAAAAUGUUUACAUUAAAUCCAAGAUUCAAUGCUAAAUAUACUGGUUAGUUUGCACUAAUAAAUUUCAAUCUUAAUUGAUUGUAAAAAGGAUUAUA